AUGGACCCGCUGCCGCCAGACCCGUACCUGGCGCUAGGCCUGGCCAAGGACGUCGACAUCGAGACCAUCAAGAAGACAUACCGGAAAUUGGUCCUCAAGUGCCACCCCGACAAGGUCACCGAUCCGUCGUUGAAGCUGCAGAAGCAGGAGGAGUUCCACAAGAUCCAGCAGGCCUAUGAACUCGUCGGCGAGGAAGAGGCGCGUGCUCGCUACGAUGCCGAGGUGAAACUCGAGGCUCUACGCAAAGAAAAGGCUGCGAGAGGCGCCAGCGGCAGUGGACCAGACAUCCGCACGGCACGCUACGACGCCACCGGACCCGCACGCUACGACGACCAUAAGUCAUCGCGACACGGCGACGACCGGUACUACGAGGACCGCUCGCGCAGGUACGAUACCUACGAAGCAUAUCCUCCAAAACAAACCACCUCGCGUAGCUCUCGCGAGAAGGUGAGUCCGCAGAAGACCACACGAGAGUCCUCCGACCGAACGAGAUCGGAUUACAAGAAACACGUCGCAACAGAGAGGGAACGUGAGAGCGACCAUUCUGCAGACGAAAAAGCACGCUAUGAGGCAGAACGCGCCGAGGAAGACGAGGCGCGCAAGGCGGCCGCUGACCUUCGCCGUAAGGCAGAAGACAGGCGCUCGUACGAGGACAAGUACGAUCGCAAGCAGAAGCUGAGCGCACAAGAAAACGAUGCGGUUCGCUACAUUCGCAUGAGCGCAAAGGGGGACGCUGAGCGGCCUUCACCCAACGUGCGCGAUUCACGCGACUACUACGACAGCCGCGACAGCCGCUCUCGACGAGACAGGCCAGAGGCUGUUCGUCGCUCGUCUGCACGCCCGAGGGAUCGCCACUCACCACCAGGCCGAGACCGCAAAGCUCCCGAAAUCGUUGACUGGGAACCAGAGGAAAGAAAGAUUCCGGCCUUCAAGCACUCGUCAUCCUCGCCGGCUGAAAUACACGUGCCGCGCGUGACGCCGCAUCGAUCCUACACAGAGUCGUCGCGCGACCACCGCCGGUCUGAGACAUCCCCGACACCAAUGUUCCGUCGCUCUGAGACGAUGCCUUCCGUGCCACAAGCUUCGCCUACCAGCCGCAAAACAUCGACUGUGCCUCGCCCCUCCGGGCUCCGUGAGUCAGUCACACCGCAUGAUUCCGGAUCUAGCAGCCCGGAGGCCUACCCUACCAUCCCCCCUCCUGCCUCCACCAAGCGCUAUUACUACCCCACGCCUGGAGGAGGUGUCAGCCUAGCUCCGGAGGACAUGGGACUGGCUAACGGUCAUCGCACUGUGCUACGCGAGCCAGUGCUACGUGAACCAGAGCGACAGCGCCAUCGCUCGCCGUCGCCACUCACUCCACUCACUCGUCCUCCCAUGGGUGCCAACAGACCUUCCGAAGCUUCCUCCGCACGAUACACCGCAGCUACUCCUAGUAAAUCCUCGGUCCCGCCACCGCCACUCGGACGCUCCGCAACCACUAUGAACAUGGGCGAGGAUCGCGGUCGAUCUCGUCCCCUCUAUGGCGAGAUUGGCUCUGACGCGGCGCGACGUGAGAACGCACGCCGUCAAACGAGCUUUUCGCCGGACAAAGUGUCCUAUUCACGAAAGAUCGGUCCUGAAGAUGUUCGGUGGGCACCCCAGAGCGGCAGCGCCCGUGACCGGGAUCGAGACUACCAGAAGCCUGCGUUAGGCAGACAUGCUACCUAUGUGUUCUAGAGGCGUGCAUGCCUCGCGUUGGAGGCUUUGAAUUGCAAACCAAAGAUAUUAUCAACAGCACACGACUCAUACACAACAGUAAACGUUUACAGCUGGAUACCCAUACCUGGCUCUCGACACGGCUACAUGGAGUUGAUUUGCUUCACUUGUUUUGUUGUCCUUGUUUUCAUAUUUUGUUCCGGUUUGUCGAGAGACCAGGCUUGAUUUGCUUGUUUUGUGCUUUUAGCCGUCUCCCUACCACCCUCGCAACCGCCAAUCUGGUGCUUGCGAACUGUAGCGAACUUCCUGUACAUGAUGUAUUUCUUAUCCUCUCUGCGAUCAAGCCUGCCUUGAUCUUUGCUACACCUGUCUUAGCUCUCCCACCACAAGCCUACAUGGCGGAUCAUUUGUAGGCGUCUUUGGUUUGGUAGUACG